UGCGAUUUGAGUAGCGUAAAAGAAACGAUGAUAGCCACAUAUGAAGUAUUUUUUACCAAAAAAGAGAAAUAACACUUAUUUUGGGAUAACAAAAAUUCAAAAAAACAUCAAAAUAAUGGAUCCGACGUCUCUGCCUUGUUAAGCAGCCAAGGAGGGUGCUUGGUUGUUUUCAUCCAUCAGAUCAAAAAAUGAAGGGUUGAAGAUGAAGGGCUUCAUUUUUUGCAGGAAUCUCGAGGCCUGCUUUUCGAACUGUGCCGUCCAUUUGAGCAAGGCACUCUGCCUUAAGGCAAAGGAUCCCAAUCCCAAAAUAAUGGGAUGAAAUGGGUUGCAGACCCAUAGCCCAUGGGCCACACAACUCAUAGCCCAUCAUCAACACGUGUCUGAUCUGAGCUACUAGAGCACACUAGUAAUAUCUCCGGGUAUUAUUCUCAACUUCUGUCAUCCUUGUCAACUCUAAACUAAUGAGUGCUCGAAAAUUGAAAAGAGACAAGAAGAGCUAUUAUCGUUUUCAUAGGCCUGGAUUUAGUGAGAGAUAGAAAGUUAAUAAUGGCAGAGGCUAGAGAGAAGGAUGAGGGGGACUAUUAUUGAGGCAUCCGUUUAAUCCAAGUAGAGUUAGCUGAGUUGUGACGUCAACUCAAAAUCAGUUCAAGCUGAAGAGUUUUACCUGGAUGGAUUGGCUUGCAGAGGGACAACAAGAAACAGCUGGGGCAUUUAUGUCUAAUCAUUGAUGGAAAGGACUACUGAAAAGGUUUUCCCAAAUGGAGACAUCUAUGUGGGUACUAUUAAGGGAGUGCUACCCCAUGACAAAGGUAGAUAUACAUGGUCGGAUGGAACUGUUUAUGAUGGUCAUUGGGCAGAAGGAAAGAUGGAUGGGAAAGGGUGGAUUAUCUGGUCAUCAGGAUCUAGUUAUGAGGGUGAGUUUUGUGUAAAUUACCUCCAUGGCUAUGGUGCCUUUUAUGGUUGUGAUGGCUCUAUAUACAGAGGUUCGUGGAAGAUGAAUAAUAAACAUGGCAUUGGAAGAAAAGAGUAUCACAAUUCAGAUGUUUAUGAUGGUUGUUGGAGAGAAGGGGUACGUGAAGGCAGUGGUAGAUAUGCAUGGAGUAAUGGGAACUGUUACAUUGGGAAUUGGAAAAAUGGGAAAACGUAUGGUAGGGGUGUUAUGAAGUGGUCCAAUGGAGAUAUUUUUGAUGGUUUUUGGUCAAAUGGGUUAAGAAAUGGGUCGGGCUGUUACAGAUUUGCUGAUGGAAGUUACUUUUUUGGGACUUGGGCUAAAGGCAUAAAAGACGGACGUGGAACUUUUUAUCCUUCUGGAAGCAAGCUGUCCUCUCUGGAUAAGACCAAGAUUGAUAAACAUCAGGAUUUUAUAAAAAGGAUGUUGUCCCAUAGAUCAUCAGUGAGUGCAGACAUGUUAGAUAGACCUCAAGUGAGGCGUAGUCUUUCUGAGAAGAUCUCUGAUAGUUUUGGAAUAGUGCCUGGGAGAAUGCCACAUAGGACUACAUCGCUUGUGGGAGACUGUAUUCUUGAUGACUGUAGAGAGAUUUUACCUGAAGAUCCCUUUUGUAUGUUAUCCCAAAACUCAUUAGGCAGCCAGAGUAAUUUCUUGGACAAUGGUACUUUGGCUUAUGAAAGAGAAUACAUGCAAGGAGUCCUUAUCAAAGAAAGGGUCAGGACUGUAACCAGACGACUAUCCUAUAAAAGUAAUCAGAGUUGCAAGUCUCAUGCAAAGGAAGUGAAAAGGAGUUUAAGCAUGGACUUCUUCAAAGGUCUUAAGAGCUACUACUUGAUGCUUAAUUUGCAGCUUGGUAUUCGGCACUCUGUGGGUAAGAUCACGCCUGUUCCUAUCCGAGGAUUGAGACAAUCUGAUUUUGGAGAGCGGGCUAGGAUAAAGAUGUAUUUUCCUAGAAAAGGCUCCCAAUUGACACCGCCCCACUAUUCGAUUGACUUCUAUUGGAAGGACUACUGUCCUAUGGUUUUCAGGAAUUUAAGGGAGUUGUUCAGGUUAGACGCAGCAGAGUACAUGAUGUCCAUUUGUGGCGAUGAUGGGUUGAGAGAGUUUUCCUCUCCUGGAAAAAGCGGCAGUAUUUUUUAUCAUUCUAGUGAUGACAGAUUUGUGAUAAAAACUUUAAGGAAGUCUGAGCUCAAGGUGCUACUGAAAAUGCUUCCAUCUUACUACAAACAUGUAAAAGAUCACGAGAACACACUUGUAACAAAAUUUUUUGGGCUUCACAGAAUAUCGUUCAGAAGAGGGAAAAAGGUACGCUUUGUUGUCAUGGGAAACAUGUUCUGCACUGAACUACAUAUACAUCGACGCUAUGAUUUGAAGGGUUCGUCUCAUGGAAGAUUUACAAACAAAGAUAAAAUUGAUGAGGGUACUACAUUGAAGGAUCUUGAUUUGAAGUUUGAGUUUCAUAUGGAUAAAUUAUUACGCGAAAUACUUUUCAGGCAAUUAUCUCUGGACUGCCAGUUUUUAGAAGCACAACAAAUAAUUGAUUAUAGCCUUUUAUUGGGGUUGCACUUUAGAGCUCCUGAACAUCUCAUGACACUUUUAGAGCCACCUGAUUCCAUGCACAAAGCUGACACUACUACUAGUACUACUUCGAUAAGUGAUGGGGUGGCCUCUCAGGGCGAGAUGUCAAUUCCUCCAAGGGGGUUGCUUUUAGUAACCCAUGAGCCUUCCGCAGCUAACAAUGAACCUGGUCCCCAUUGUCGAGGAAAUACAUUGAAAGCGUGCUCACUCGGUGAUAAAGAGGUUGAUCUCCUUUUACCAGGCACGGGAAGGUUGAGGGUGCAGUUAGGUGUGCACAUGCCAGCUGAAGCAACCCACAAGGUUAUGCAGGAUGGGGUUGAUGGUUCAGCCGAAGUUGAACUGUUUGAGGUGUAUGAUGUAGUUCUGUAUAUGGGCAUAAUUGACAUCUUGCAGGAAUACAACAUGAAAAAGAAGUUAGAGCACGCUUACAAGUCCAUGUUGGUUGAUCCCAUGUCAAUUUCUGCCGUUAAACCCAGCGUCUAUUCUAAACGCUUUAUUAACUUUUUAGAGAAGGUAUUUCCCAUAGAACCUUGAGGUUUAAGCUUCGAUCUCCGGUUACAUUGUUCUGUGGCCGGUAUAUACAUACCGUUUCAGUUUGUAGAGAGCUCUAUUAUCGGGUAUAUCAUAUAUGUUGUUUAUAAUUGUCUACAUUGUUCCAAUGUUCUGUGACCUGUAUAUUUGCUACUAUUAUUUAUCGUUAAAAGGACUCUUUGCUUCCUUUUUUUUGUAGUGUUGACCUUGCCUAUCCUCUUCUACUCAACCCUUUCAGACCAAACCUAAGCGAGCGCUAAUCGGGGUAGGCUUUUGUGCUUUCCCCUUCUGAAUCAGCUAUGUUCAUACCCGUUGGAGACAUUCAAUUUCCUGAGCCUCUUGUUGAUAAGCUGGAUGCCUGGACAUAGACACAUAGUCCCGGUUUUCGAACAGGACCAAAACCUCUUGACUCUUGAGUAAAGGGAGAGAACUGAAGCCCAUAUUUGCGGUUCUGGACAGGAACUAGUACUCUAAACUGGUCCUAAACAAUUCCAGUUCUGUCAAAAUAGGAAAGGAUAACCGAUUCAGUGCUUUUGAAUGUUUUUUAAAAAUAGGAUAAAUUAGACUGAAAUGGCCCGCGUUUGCUCGCUCGCUCCUACUUGGUAUAUUUCAUGUUGUGGUGAUCUGAUUGUCUCACUUCUAGUGUAGUCACAAUAUACAGGUUGCAAUUUCAUUAGAUCCAUUGUGUGCAUAAAAGCACUACGAGACCUUGCAAAUACUGUUCUAGAGGGAAGGGUAUCUGGAUCACCUCGGAUUGAGAUGCAUUUUUUCCCCUAGUCUACUAACUUCAAUAUAAGGUCUAGUGUUUCUUUUUGAGAUGUAUAUAUCAUCAUUUUGCAUUAGUUUAAAGGCACAAAGAGGCUGGGGGUAUGGUUAGUAUUGAUGUGCUAAAGGUUAUGUGAUUGAAUGUAUUGAAUUUUCUUAAAGGAAAAAACACUUCGUAUGUAAAACUUAUUCAGCAAGGUAACAAGGAGAAUAAGAUGAUUAUUCUCCAGUCAAGAACACUUCGUAUAUUCGUAUCAGCUUAUUUGUUGAUAAGCAGAAUAAGAUGCUUUUGAUUAU